AGAGAGAACGUCCCUCCUCCUGCUCCUCCGCAGUUUGCAGUGUGUGAUGUCUCAGACUCGGAGGGAGAGAGUCAGAGCUGCUCGUCCGGCGGAUCUUCACCUCUGAAACAAACCCCCGGUGUCUCCUGUCAUCCUCCCCUCCUCUUCCCCUCUCACCUCCCCGGCUUUGCUCCUCUCUGGAGCCCCUGGAAGCUUCUCCCUGUUAUUUUUCUUCUUCUUCUCUCUAAUCUCCUUCUUCAGCUCGACUUUGAUCAACACUUUCUUCUGUGGGAUUUAGUUUUCUGCUCAUCACUCCCUCCCAACACUUCGCCGCCGCUGCCGCUGCCGCUGCUCCCAUUCGGAUUUGCUCGCCAGUGAGGAGAAGAACCCCAAGAAUCGGCGAGGUGGAUCCGUGGAUGCGCCUCUGGGGCUCGAACUGGAGAUGGAAAUGCUGAUACUGUUAUUUCAUUCCUUGUGGAUAUUGCAGUGCAACACAGCGAGCGCCGACUCCAUCAUCCACAUCGGUGCAAUAUUUGAGGAGAACGCAGUGCGGGACGAUGAGGUGUUCCAGCUCGCCGUGUCCGACCUCAGUCUGAGCGAUGACAUCCUGCACAGCGAAAAGAUCACGCAUUCCAUAAAGCUCAUCGAGCCCAACAACCCUUUCCAGGCGGUGCAGGAAGCCUGCGAGCUGAUGAACCAGGGCAUCCUGGCAUUGGUCACCUCGACAGGCUGCGCCUCGGCCAGUGCCCUGCAGUCCCUGACGGACGCCAUGCACAUCCCGCACAUGUACAUCCAGAGGAACGGCGACGGCUCCCCCAGGACGGCCUGCCAGUUCAACCCGAGCCCCGGAGGGCAGCGCUAUACGCUGGCAGCCCGGCCGCCCGUACGCCUCAACAACGUCAUGCUGACGCUGAUGGAAGAGCUGCGCUGGCAGAAGUUCAUCUUGUUUUACGACAUAGAGUACGAUAUCCGUGGCUUGCAGGGCUUCCUUGAUCAGACGUCCCGUCAGGGCGUUGAUGUUGCGUUACAGAGGGUGGAUAGGAACAUCAGUAAAGUCUUCACCAACCUGUUCACCACCAUGAGGACGGAGGAGCUGAAUCGGUACCGGGACACGUUACGCAGAGCCAUCCUUCUGCUCAGCCCGCAGGGGGCGCACACGUUCAUCCAGCAGGCUGUGGAAACAAAUUUGGCCUCCAAGGACAGUCACUGGGUGUUUGUAAAUGAGGAAAUCAGCGACACGGAGAUCCUGGAGCUGACCCACAGUGCACUGGGGCGCAUGACUGUGAUCCGACAGAUUUUCCCCCUGUGGAAGGACAGCAGCACCCGCUGUAUGAGGCAGAACCACCGGAUCUCGUCGCUGCUGUGCGACCCGCAGGAAGGAUACCUGCAGAACCUAGAGGUGUCCAACCUCUACCUGUACGACAGCGUGCUGAUGCUGGCCAACGCUUUCUACAGGAAGCUGGAGGACAGGAAGUGGCACAGCAUGGCGAGCCUAAACUGCAUCAGAAAGUCGACCAAGCCAUGGAACGGUGGCUGGUCAAUGCUGGAGACCAUUCAGAAGGGGAACAUCACAGGUCUGACAGGAAUCAUGGACUUUAAGGAGAGCGGCUCAAACUCCCACGUCCAGUUUGAGAUCCUCGGCUCCAGUUUCAGUGAGACCUUUGGCAAAGACAUCAAAAGGCUGGCGACAUGGGACUCUGUUCAUGGGCUGAACGGCAGCCUGAAGGAGAGUCGCAUAGAGAACGGGAUGCAAGGGCUGACGGUUAAAGUGGUCACUCUGUUGGAGGAUCCUUUCGUCAUGGUGGCAGAGAACAUCCUCGGGCAGCCCAAGAGAUAUAAAGGAUUCUCCAUCGACGUCCUGGACGCCCUCGCUAAGAUCCUGGGCUUUAAAUAUGAGAUCUACCAGGUUGCAGACAGCAAAUACGGCUCUCAGCUUCCCAACGGCUCAUGGAAUGGGAUGAUUGGGGAUCUCAUCAACAAGAGAGCCGACCUCGCCGUGUCAGCCAUUACCAUCACACCGGAGAGGGAGAACGUGGUCGACUUCAGCAAGCGCUACCUUGACUACAGCGUCGGCAUCCUUCUGCGAAAACCCGAAGAGAAGAUCAACAUCUUCUCCCUGUUUGCGCCGUUCGACCUGGCCGUGUGGGCCUGCAUUGCAGCCGCCAUCCCGGUGGUGGGAGUGCUCAUCUUCCUGCUCAACAGGUUGCAAGCUCUGCGCUCCUCCUCCUCCCAGAAUGCACCGCCGGGCCAUCUGUCCAACGGAGUGGGUUCGGGCACGCUGCACAGCGCCAUCUGGAUUGUUUAUGGAGCAUUUGUUCAGCAAGGAGGUGACGGCAUGGUUGGCUCGGUGGCGCUGCGGAUCGUCAUGGGCAGCUGGUGGCUCUUCACGCUCAUCGUGUGUUCGUCGUACACGGCCAACUUGGCAGCAUACCUCACCGUGUCACGCAUGGACCACGCCAUACGGUCAUUCCAGGACUUGGCGAGGCAGAUCGACGUGGAGUACGGCACAGUGAGAGACUCCGCCGUCUACGACUACUUCAGGAAUAAAGGCACAAACCCUCUGGAGCAGGACAGCACGUACGCAGAGCUGUGGAGAACCAUCAGCAAGAACGACGGCAUGGACUACUCCGUGUCCAGCCCGUCAGAAGGCAUCCGCAAGGCAAAGAAGAGUCCUUACGCUUUCCUGUGGGACAUGGCGGUGCUGGAGUAUGCGGCGCUGACGGAUGACGACUGCACCAUCACGGUUUCAGGAAACAGCAUGAGCAGCAAAGGCUACGGCAUCGCCAUGCAGCACGGCAGCCCAUACAGAGACCUCUUCUCUCAGAAGAUCUUGGAGCUGCAGGAAAAAGGCGACCUGGACAUCAUGAAGCAGAAGUGGUGGCCUCGCACCGGCCGCUGCGACCUCAGCAGCCACGUCAGCGCCCAUCCUGACGGCCGCUCCCUCAAGCUACACAGCUUCGCUGGCAUCUUCUGCAUCCUGGCCGCCGGCCUCUUGCUGGCCUGCCUGGUGGCCGGCUUGGAAGCAUGGUGGAACAGCAACCGCUGCCGGCAGGAGCAGCCCAAAGAGGUCACUAAGGAUUACAGACUGGCAAGGGUUUCUGGUCCAUUGACAUAUAAUGACAUUACAACUGCUUCAUCGGAGGGGAGGAGGGACAUUUGGACAGACAGAGAGAGAGGCUGGGAUGAAGCAGAAGCAAUUGAUACAGGACAAGGAGGUGAAUCUGGAACAGGUGCAUCGUCGUAUGAACAGUCUUUUGGACGAGGACUUGGCCCACAAGCAGAUCCCCGGUCCCUCUAUCGAGAUCUCUGCGCUGGACAUCGGCAGCAUGCAGCCCAGCCAGGCCUCUCUAGUGCCGGGGCCGGAGUCCGUGCGGGACUACCCGCCCUCGGCCCUCACUGUGACCACCUACCUGCCCGGGGAGGGACCCCCACCUCCCCCUCUUCCCCACCCUCACCAUGGGGGGACCCUAGGCAGGACACUGCCCCCGUCCCAGGGCCCUGGCAGCACCACAUUGCCCCUGCACCACCCUCUCAGCAGCACCAGCCUCAGCGGCACCAUGCAGUGCAAACACCGGGCUCCCAACGGGGGGCUCUUCCGGCAGAGCCCUGGCAAGACACCCAUGCCAAUGUCCUACCAGGCAGUCUCCGCAGGACCCAUACCCGAAGCCAUUGAUCCCAGUCACAGUACAUCCAUAUAGAGACAAGAUGGGACGGGGGUGGAGGGGUGUGGGUGGCGGCCGCUCUGGACUUUACCCAGGUCGGCAUGGGAGGUGGGUUGGGCAGCUUUAGAAGGGAAAAACAUGUAUAAAUUAAAAACAUUUUGUAUCCUACCAUCCGUUCAGAGAAUACGUUUAAAAGAGGAAAAAAAUGGGUAUAUGUGGGGUUUGAGGGGCCGGGGGCGGGCAGACGGGUUCUGGGCGGGCUGUAAUUUUUUUCUGUACAUAUCUGUAAAUAUCGAGACAAUGAGUGAGGUCAAAGUGUAUUUUGAAUAUUCUCAAUUUUUGAAGUUGAGUUAUAAAACACAAGAAAAAGAUAAAAAAAUCUAUAUCUAUACAUUGAUGAAACGUUCUGACUGUUUGAAUGGCUUUGUAAAUUUUGUUCAAUUAAAAACAAUGACGCGGAUUUCAUCGUGAUUGUUUUCUAAGUGCCGAAAUUAAACGAUGUCUCUCGCCACAACUCAUUAGUGUAAACGACUACCCAUGAUGCACUGCUGUAGGGGACGUUGUAGUGUUGGACACCCACUGUUAUGCACCUCUGUACCAAACCUAUAUCCAGUAUACCUUCAGACCCAUCAGACAAAAAUGGUCACUUUUCCCCCUUUUGUGUUACUAUAAAAUAGACUUGUUUUUUUUUUUUAUUAGGCCCAAGCAGCGAAGCGCUGCGAAGGCCUAUUUUUAUUUUUUAUUUUAUUUUCAUUUCAAAGCCGAGGUCGACUUCUGUUCUUUUUUUGUUACAUCCACUGUAAGCGAUGUUUUUGUUUCACACAGUUGAAUACAUUGUUUAUAUGGACAUUUUCUAUUUGCCGUCACUUUUUAAAAAGAUGAAUGAAAGGAAUAGUUGUAGAGCAAGAAGGUGAAGAUUUCAGGCUGUGAUCACACAGACACUGCCUGUGAUUCGAGGGAGAACUUCGACUUUAUCGCCGUUGGACUUUGGGUCCUUUCGUGUUUCUAAUUAGUGACAAUUUGGGUUUUUACAAUAUAAUCAAGAAAAUUUGCUCUUCAAAUGGAAUAUAUCCAGCUUUGACUUGUUUAGAGAUGCUCUGAUCGGGUUUAACAAACCUAACUGACUUUACGUUUUCUCAGUUCUGAUUUUGACUGAUCACUAUUUCUUUUUUUUUUUUCCGAUCUGGACUGUGACAAAACAAAGGAGACGGUGCUUUAUACAGAAAGCAGAAACUGAUCACAAUUAAUGCAUAAAUGUACAUGCCUCAAACUUUAUCCUUUCUUUUACUUAAAUGCCCAUAAAUGAAGAUGCUAUGUUCCAAUAAUAGGAGUUCUUAAUUUUGUUGCCCUUAACCAAUGGAGCAAGGAAGUUCAUUUUUUCAGUAUUUCACCAAUUAGUACCUGACAAUUAUCACCUCCCCACAUAUUUUAAUAGGAUAAUCUGCUAAAAAAUAAAGUACUUAUAAUAUGA